AUGGACUGCGUGAUAUCGUCCCAAAACGCAUUCAUAGUCGAUAGAGUGCUGCAAGCAGUUGGAGGGUCCACAAUCUUGAUAGACACCACAAAUGAAAUAACUCUCCAAAUGAUUACGCCUGAUAGGGCCCUUGUGCUUAAUCUCAGCUUGGAAAAGUCUUUUUUUACAAGCUUAAGCCUGAAGAAUGGAUGUGCACUCAUUCCGAUACAGAAAUUUUACAUCAAGAAAAUGAGGCAGCUGAAGAUCACUACAAACGAAUAUGUUGUGGUAUUCGAAUACGUAUUUGAUAAAUACGCUUUGAGGAGAAGGGUGUUCCAUAGCCAGUCUGCACUCUUCACAAUUGAUUUUAAGAUAGACUGUACAGGAGAAAUUAACUCGAAUGUCAUGGGGUUGGCCCUUAAAGAGAUUGGAGAUAAUCUGGCGACUCUUAGGGUUGCCAACAACACGGGAGAAAUAUGUAGCGAAGAGACUAGAAUGAGGUUUCCAUUGGCUUUCCACACUGAUUUUUGUGUGGAGGUCAUCGGAGGAAACCUGAAGAGCGUAUUUGAAGUUUCCGAUUUAUUUAUCAAAAUGCUCAUAAACUAUGGCUCUUCAAAUUCAUCGAUCAACUUUGUUCUCCUAGGCAAUGGAGCCAGAGCUUCUUUUUUUGUAGCAGCCAUCCACAAUUCAAUCGGCAAUCGAACCUGA